AUGAUUUCACGGAGGAGCUUUGUACUGGCUAGAGGUAGGUCGAGAGGUAGUGAAAGCUGGACGGUUGAAAAUCUCGCCGAAAGGGUGUUUGUGUGGAGUCCGCGGUUGUUUAGCUUCUCGCACCGCACACUUUCGAGUAUUCGACACCCUUAUAUCGCUGUUGUUAAUGAUAUGGUGGAUUCAGGUGGGCAUAAAAAAAGCAAACGUGUUGAGUUGCUCUUAGGUGCGUUGACGGAGUCUCGCGAUGAAGAGAAGAAGUGGAUGCGGAUUUCACUGAUGUUCGAUUCGAUGCUAACGGCAGAUGUUGUGGACAAGCUACGGCGUAAGGUCUCGCUCAAUAUUGAUGUUAUGAUGCGUAUAGAGGUGCUUUGGAAUGGUUUAGGCGGCGUUGCGCAUGAGGUUGUUAAAGAGGAUGGAUAUAAAGCCUUUCAUUACAAACUUUACUCGUAUUUAUUAAAUAUAGACGACGUCAGCGUAGUCACAUCUACUUCAACCGCCAUAUCAGAAGACUAUGCCUAUGAUGAGAGAGGAAACAAUGGAGUGACUUUUGAAUUCUUCGCUGUUUCUAUGCUUGAGCUGGCUGACAACUGGACCAGAACAAGGGAUACGAAUGAUUUUGUCAACUUUUUAACGGACAUAUAUGAACGUUGUGUAAAAACUAAGCAAAGGCCCAUAGUACGUGGCAUUCUUCCUAGGUGCGAAAAAACAGCCUACUUCUCCGGUGGGAUAAUACGUAAAGUGGUUGAAGGAGACACUGUGACUUACGUAAAGGCAAAGCAAAGCUGA